AUGACAGGGGAAACACAGGAAGGGGCAAGGGAAGAAACGGAAGGGAAAGAACUCAUCUUUAUACAACACAGAAGUAAGAGAACUUUAUGGAUACAGAAGAACAAUAAGGGGAGGAAGAAUAUCUAUGUAAGCACAUGUAUAUGUAUAUUGCUCAACUAUACAAAGUACCGGACCUCCGCGAAUAAUUCCCAUGAAAGAAAACAAUCUUUCUCACCAAACAAUCCUGAUUAA